GCCACCUGCGGGCUGGCCUGGCCGCUGGGUCAGGACGACCUGUUUCUGGGAGAAGGAACCGCGGGUCCUGCACAAGCCGGCCGCCCGUGGGAGCUUUAGACAGAAGGCCCUUAGCCUUGGCUGGCUCAGGUACAGGACAUCCAGCAGUCUUGAGUGACCAGGAGGAUGUGUCCCCCGGAGAGUGCCCUCCAGCCCCCCCAGUUCCUCCUGCUGGUGGGGAUCCCUGUGGCCAGUACCCUGCUUCUGGUUCAGUGCCUCCGGUGGCACUGUCCCCGGUGGCUGCUGGGGCCCUGCCAGAAACCAGACAGCGACGAGGAGCCAGUGCCUCCGUCCACUCCACCACUAGAACUCCAUGUGCCGGAGCAGUGUGCACCUGCCACACUGCCAGAGAUGGCUGCCUUCUACCAGGAGCUGCACACGCCCACUCAGGGCCAGACUGUCAUCCGCCAGCUGAUGCACAAGCUGCUGGUAUUCUCGGCCCGUGAGGUGGAUCACCGUGGGGGUUACCUGCUGCUGCAGGACACAGGCAUCUCCCUGCUUAUUCCACCAGGUGCUGUGGCUGUGGGCCGCCAGGAGCGUGUGUCCUUGGUCCUGGUGUGGGACCUGUCCGAUGCCCCAUCGCUGUCCUGCGCCCAGGGGCUGGUGAGCCCGGUGGUGGCGUGUGGCCCCCACGGAGCCAACUUCCUGAAGCCCUGCACCCUCACGUUCAAACACUGCGCCCAGCAGCCAGGCCACGCACGCACUUACAGCAGCAACACGUCCCUGUUGGAUGCCAAGGCCUGGCGGCCCCUGGGCCAGCCUGGGGCACACACCUCCCUGGACGAAUGUCGCAUCCAACUUUCCCACUUCAGCCUCUACACCUGUGUGCUGGAGGCGCCGGCAGGCCAGGCUGCCCGCAAGUGGUUGCAGCUGGCCAUGUUCUGCUCCCCGCUGGCCCCAGGGCAGACCCACCUGCAGCUGCGCGUCUACUUCCUCAACAACACGCCCUGUGCCCUGCAGUGGGCCUUGACCAAUGAACAGCCCCACGGGGGGCGCCUGCGAGGGCCCUGCCAGCUCUUCGACUUCACGGGGGCCAGAGGCGACCAGUGCCUGAAACUCAAGUACAUCUCUGAGGGUUGGGAGAACGUGGAUGACAGCAGCUGCCAGCUGGUUCCCCAUCUCCACAUCUGGCAUGGAAAGUGCCCCUUCCGCUCCUUCUGCUUCCGGAGAAAAGCAGCCAAUGAGAACGAGGACUGCUCGGCGCUGGCCAAUGAGAUCAUUGUCACCAUGCACACCUUCCAGGACGGCUUGGAGACCAAGUACAUGGAAAUCCUCAGGUUCCAGGCAUCGGAGGAGGAGUCCUGGGCAGCGCCACCCCCUGUCUCCCAGCCGCCCCCGUGCAACAGGCUGCCACCAGAGCUCUUUGAGCAGCUGCGGAUGUUGCUCGAGCCAACCAGCAUCACAGGCAACGACUGGCGCCGGCUGGCCUCCCACCUGGGCCUCUGUGGCAUGAAAAUCCGGUUCCUGUCGUGCCAGCGCAGCCCUGCCGCGGCCAUCCUGGAGCUCUUCGAGGAGCAGAACGGCAGCUUGCAGGAGCUGCACGGCCUCAUGACCUCCAUCGAGCGGUUGGACUGCGCCUCGGUUAUCCAGAGCUACCUGAACAGGACGCCCCACAGCAGCCCGGCCACGGCCCACAGUCUUGCCUGGGAGAACCAGGGCCUAGAGCUGGAUGAGAAGCUCUGAGCACCCACCACGGUGGGUGACCUGAGGAAAAUGUGGCAGCAGAACCUACUGACCAUCCCAGGGCCACCUGUGAGCCACCUCCAUCAAGACCACCUUGGCCUGCAUGCAGGUUCUCUCCUGGCCGGCAGGGGGCGCGGGCGCACAGGAGAUGACCACAGCUUGGCCAGCUUCCUGGCAGCUAUUUAUAGACACUGGGCUUCCAGGUGGCCCCGUGGGCACUCCUGGGCAACUGUCUGGCCCACAAGAAUUCACUGAGCACUUAGUAAGUCCCAGCACUCCAGGGGUAUGCUGGAGUGCUUGAGGUGGGCCUGGAGCCCGGAGUAACCUCAGCGCUCUUUCCGCCGCUCCAGGUGCACAACCGAGCACACAGCACAGACUCUUAAGACUGCAGCAUCCUGAGCUUUGCUCUGCAGGAGGAGCUGGGAAGGGAGAGAGCUGAGUGUGGGCUGGAGAAAGAGAAGGCCUUAGGUAGGAUGUGGGGACAGAGCCUGAGGUGGGGCUGGGGAGAGCGCCUAGAGGUGCUCAUGAGGGCGGGAGGUGUUGCGGAGCUCAGCCCGAGGGCCCGAGGGAGGGCCAGCCAGAACGUAUAUGGGCAGGGAUCCCUGCUACCCACCGUCUCCUCUCCAUCCCUCGGUCUCUUCCCCCUCUGCCAUUACCUCUGCCAUAGAGCAUUAAUGCUGAGCAGAAACCUCAGGAUCAACCUUUAUAUCCCUUCCUCUCCCGCUGUAUGACUUUUGAGCCUCUGACUUCAUUUUUCUGCCUCUCUUGCCUGUGACUUCUCCAUCCCAGAAUCCCCAUGUUGUUACCCAGUGCCUUAGCAUCUUUUCGCCUCUACCUCGUUACCGUGCCUGUCUUUGCGCAUUGCCUUCUCUCCCUGAGAUCCUCCGUGGUUCCCCCCAGGCAAGUGUCUUCAAACUGAUGUGAUGCAUCUGAGGCUCUUGUGAGAGACAGAGCUAUCCUCGCCGUGACUGAAUGGGGAUAGUCUCCCCAUGGAUCAAGAUCCAGUUGGAGCCAGGAGAUAAAGGAAAGGGACUGAUAAAUAAACAAAUACUACUGUGUGUAAGACACUGUAUACAAAAGGUGGGCACUGCAAAGAGAACAGAGAGUUGCACUCAGGUCUAGCACUGCUUCUGCUUGCAAACAGUUAUCCUUAAUUUGUUCUGGUAACGCUAAGAGUUUGCCUUUAUAUUUAAUAAAAUAUGAAUGCUUUUUUAUGAUGAACAA